AUGGUCGCCGUACGGUCGCUGCGGGGACGCCAUGGUCGCAAUAAGAUCGCACUAAGAACGCUAAAGACGCAGCUCAGACGCCGUAUGGUCGGCUUUGGUCGCCGUAAGGACGCAGUACGAACGAGUUGCGCAGUCUGGUCGGGAGCUGCGCUGUUCGUUAUAAAUCACGCAAGGUUUCGUGGUCUCAUUAAGUAUGUCCUGACCUACUGCGAGAUGCACAGGUCGGACCAUAGCUACGCUGGUCUCAUUAAGUAUGUCCUGACCUACUGCGAGAUGCACAGGUCGGACCAUAGCUACGCUGGUCUCAUUAAGUAUGUCCUGACCUACUGCGAGAUGCACAGGUCGGACCAUAGCUACGCUGGUCUCAUUAAGUAUGUCCUGACCUACUGCGAGAUGCACAGGUCGGACCAUAGCUACGCUGGUCUCAUUAAGUAUGUCCUGACCUACUGCGAGAUGCACAGGUCGGACCAUAGCUACGCUGGUCUCAUUAAGUAUGUCCUGACCUACUGCGAGAUGCACAGGUCGGACCAUAGCUACGCUGGUCUCAUUAAGUAUGUCCUGACCUACUGCGAGAUGCACAGGUCGGACCAUAGCUACGCUGGUCUCAUUAAGUAUGUCCUGACCUACUGCGAGAUGCACAGGUCGGACCAUAGCUACGCUGGUCUCAUUAAGUAUGUCCUGACCUACUGCGAGAUGCACAGGUCGGACCAUAGCUACGCUGGUCUCAUUAAGUAUGUCCUGACCUACUGCGAGAUGCACAGGUCGGACCAUAGCUACGCUGGUCUCAUUAAGUAUGUCCUGACCUACUGCGAGAUGCACAGGUCGGACCAUAGCUACGUUGGUCGCAUUAAGUAUGUCCUGACCUACUGCGAGAUGCACAGGUCGGACCAUAGCUACGCUGGUCUCAUUAAGUAUGUCCUGACCUACUGCGAGAUGCACAGGUCGGACCAUAGCUACGCUGGUCUCAUUAAGUAUGUCCUGACCUACUGCGAGAUGCACAGGUCGGACCAUAGCUACGCUGGUCUCAUUAAGUAUGUCCUGACCUACUGCGAGAUGCACAGGUCGGACCAUAGCUACGCUGGUCUCAUUAAGUAUGUCCUGACCUACUGCGAGAUGCACAGGUCGGACCAUAGCUACGCUGGUCUCAUUAAGUAUGUCCUGACCUACUGCGAGAUGCACAGGUCGGACCAUAGCUACGCUGGUCUCAUUAAGUAUGUCCUGACCUACUGCGAGAUGCACAGGUCGGACCAUAGCUACGCUGGUCUCAUUAAGUAUGUCCUGACCUACUGCGAGAUGCACAGGUCGGACCAUAGCUACGCUGGUCUCAUUAAGUAUGUCCCGACCUACUGCGAGAUGCACAGGUCGGACCAUAGCUACGCUGGUCUCAUUAAGUAUGUCCCGACCUACUGCGAGAUGCACAGGUCGGACCAUAGCUACGCUGGUCUCAUUAAGUAUGUCCCGACCUACUGCGAGAUGCACAGGUCGGACCAUAGCUACGCUGGUCUCAUUAAGUAUGUCCUGACCUACUGCGAGAUGCACAGGUCGGACCAUAGCUACGCUGGUCUCAUUAAGUAUGUCCCGACCUACUGCGAGAUGCACAGGUCGGACCAUAGCUACGCUGGUCUCAUUAAGUAUGUCCCGACCUACUGCGAGAUGCACAGGUCGGACCAUAGCUACGCUGGUCUCAUUAAGUAUGUCCCGACCUACUGCGAGAUGCACAGGUCGGACCAUAGCUACGCUGGUCUCAUUAAGUAUGUCCCGACCUACUGCGAGAUGCACAGGUCGGACCAUAGCUACGCUGGUCUCAUUAAGUAUGUCCCGACCUACUGCGAGAUGCACAGGUCGGACCAUAGCUACGCUGGUCUCAUUAAGUAUGUCCCGACCUACUGCGAGAUGCACAGGUCGGACCAUAGCUACGCUGGUCUCAUUAAGUAUGUCCUGACCUACUGCGAGAUGCACAGGUCGGACCAUAGCUACGCUGGUCUCAUUAAGUAUGUCCCGACCUACUGCGAGAUGCACAGGUCGGACCAUAGCUACGCUGGUCUCAUUAAGUAUGUCCUGACCUACUGCGAGAUGCACAGGUCGGACCAUAGCAACCCUCAGGAAUAUGCAGUACGAGCACCCACAGGCAAGCGACCAAUGACCUGA